GGCAGAUCAAGUGUGUGUCUGCACAUGCUCUGCUUGUUCAGCCCGCUUUUGCCUGCUCCCGGAGCCACCUGCCUGGGUGGUGGCAGAGUCAAUGAGGACCCAUGGGUGGGAGGCUCAGCCAGAGAUCCUGGCUCCUUCUGCAGGUCUUCAACUCUUCCAGAGCAAGUCUGCUGUUAAUUCCCUCCAUCUCUCCACAGUAUCAGCAGUCACCUCCGAGCUGGGACGCUGGCAGGCAGGCAGCAGCAGGCAGCUGGGAGGCUGUGAGGAGCUGGUGCCACAUCUCCCCGCAUCCGUGCUCCCGACUCACCCAGCAGAAGGUGUGGCUGGGCUGCGCACUCCUGACUCCUGUCUCUUCUGCUCCGUCUGUUCCUGGUGGGCAAACCGGAGGCUUGGUGUGAUGGGGGUGCUCUGAGACCUCGCCCCAGGAGCUUCAGGCCUGGAUGUUGGUGCUGUUUCUCCCGGACAAUGUGGCUGAUACUCUGGAGAAGCCCUCUCUUCCCCCCUGUUCUCCAAGUGCCUGAGCUGGUGGCCAGCUGGGACCUGCGUCUCACCCUCUGGUUCCUGAGCUUUGCCUCGAUGGCUGUGCAGAUGGAGGGCCAGGUCUACUCGCCCACUGUCAACACACACUAUGGGAAGUUACGAGGCGUGCGCGUGCCGUUGCCCAGUGAGAUCCUGGGGCCCGUGGACCAGUACCUGGGGGUUCCUUAUGCCGCUCCCCCCGUCGGGGAGAAGAGAUUCAUGCCCCCUGAGCCACCACCUUCCUGGUCAGGUAUCAGGAACGCUACCCACUUCUCACCAGUCUGCCCCCAGAACAUCCACAACGCUGUUCCCGAGAUCAUGCUGCCCAUCUGGUUUACCUCCAAUUUGGAUAUUGUGGCCACGUACAUCCAGGACCCCAACGAGGACUGUCUGUACCUCAACAUCUACAUCCCCACGGAGGAUGUAAAACGGAUUUCCAAGGAAUGCACCCGAAAGCCCAACAAGAAAAUAUGUAGGAAAGGAGGAGCCAGCGCUAAGAAACAGGGCGAGGACUUAGCGGAUAAUGACGGUGAUGAAGACGAAGACAUCCGGGACAGCGGGGCCAAGCCGGUGAUGGUCUAUAUCCACGGUGGCUCGUACAUGGAGGGCACGGGGAACAUGAUAGACGGCAGCAUCCUGGCCAGCUAUGGGAACGUGAUUGUCAUCACGCUGAACUACCGCGUUGGAGUGCUCGGGUUCCUGAGCACGGGGGACCAGGCUGCCAAGGGCAAUUACGGGCUGCUGGACCAGAUCCAGGCGCUGCGCUGGGUCAGCGAGAACAUCGCCUUCUUUGGGGGAGAUCCCUUGCGGAUCACUGUCUUCGGCUCCGGCAUCGGUGCCUCCUGUGUCAGCCUGCUCACCCUCUCCCACCACUCUGAAGGUCUCUUCCAGAGAGCCAUCAUCCAGAGUGGCUCAGCGCUCUCCAGCUGGGCAGUGAACUACCAGCCUGUGAAGUACACCAGCAUGCUGGCUGACAAGGUGGGCUGCAAUGUGCUGGACACCGUGGACAUGGUGGACUGCCUGCGGCAGAAGAGUGCCAAGGAGCUGGUAGAGCAAGACAUCCAGCCAGCCCGCUACCAUGUGGCCUUCGGGCCAGUCAUUGAUGGGGACGUGAUCCCGGAUGACCCCGAGAUCCUGAUGGAGCAGGGCGAGUUCCUCAACUACGAUAUCAUGCUGGGGGUCAACCAGGGUGAAGGGCUGAAGUUUGUGGAGGGUGUGGUGGACCCUGAGGACGGCGUCUCAGGCAGUGACUUUGACUACUCAGUCUCCAACUUUGUAGACAACCUUUACGGCUACCCUGAGGGCAAGGACACCUUGAGGGAGACCAUCAAGUUCAUGUACACGGACUGGGCCGACCGGGACAACCCCGAGACACGUCGCAAGACCCUGGUGGCCCUCUUCACCGACCACCAGUGGGUGGAACCGUCGGUGGUGACAGCCGACCUCCACGCCCGCUAUGGCUCCCCCACCUACUUCUACGCCUUCUACCACCACUGCCAGAGCCUGAUGAAGCCUGCAUGGUCCGAUGCAGCCCACGGGGAUGAGGUGCCUUACGUGUUUGGGAUCCCCAUGAUUGGCCCCACAGACCUCUUUCCCUGCAACUUCUCCAAGAACGACGUCAUGCUCAGCGCUGUGGUGAUGACCUACUGGACCAACUUUGCCAAGACAGGGGACCCCAACAAGCCUGUCCCCCAGGACACCAAGUUCAUCCACACCAAGGCCAACCGGUUUGAGGAGGUGGCCUGGUCCAAGUACAACCCCCGUGACCAGCUGUACCUGCACAUUGGGCUGAAGCCACGGGUACGCGACCACUACCGGGCCACCAAGGUGGCUUUCUGGAAGCACCUGGUUCCUCACCUGUACAACCUGCACGAUAUGUUCCACUACACCUCCACCACCACCAAAGUGCCACCACCCGACACCACACAGAAUUCCCACAUCACGCGCCGGCCCAACAGCAAGAUCUGGACCACCAAGCGCCCCGCCAUCUCGCCCGCCUACAACAGCGAGAACGGGAAGGAGAAGUGGAGCCCAGAGCAAGAGGCGGGCACGCUGCUCGAGAGCCCCCGCGACUACUCCACUGAACUGAGCGUCACCAUCGCCGUGGGCGCCUCCCUCCUCUUCCUCAACGUGCUGGCCUUCGCCGCCCUCUACUACCGCAAGGACAAGCGCCGGCAGGACACGCACCGGCAGCCCAGCCCGCAGCGCGGUGCCUCCAACGACAUCGCCCACGCGCCCGAUGAGGAGAUGCCCUCCUUGCAGGUGAGCCAGGGGCACCACGAGUGCGAAGCUGUGCCAUCCCACGACACCCUGCGCCUGGCCGCUCUGCCCGACUACACCCUCACCUUGCGCCGCUCUCCGGACGACAUCCCGCUUAUGACCCCCAACACCAUCACCAUGAUCCCCAACUCGCUGGUGGGGCUGCAGACCCUGCACCCCUACAACACCUUCACCGCCGGCUUCAACAGCACGGGGCUUCCGCACUCACACUCCACCACCAGGGUAUAGCUGCCCGCCGCCGGCGCACACGCAUGCACGCACACACACACACACACACACACGCAGCAGACACUGGCAGAGGGACCGGCGGAGCCCGCAGAGCCCCCGGACGGAGAGGCAGCGCCCACGGAUGGUGCAGCUCCCAGCCCAGAGACGUGUGGGGUCCCAGAGCGGCCCCAGCGCUUUCUUUUGUUCCUGUCUAACUUUUGAGAAGUGCUUUGACUCUCCUGGCCUCGGGACCCCGUGGGUUGCCCCGUGGGAUGCCAGUGGGGUGCAGGAGGGACGUGGUGGAGUCCUGCACAACCCACCCGCGCAGGUGGGCAGGGGUACCCCACUGUCAAUGGCCACAGGGUUCCCAGUGCCGUGGCUGUGCCUCCCAGAGGGGCGAUCACAUCCCCAGUGCCAAGCCCACCGAGCACCCUGGGACUGACGAGCAGCGGGACCGGGCAUCCCUCUCGGCCAGUGCCCAGACAUCCCCAGGCAUCUUGGCAGCCCUGGAAAAGGUUCCUUCACUGUGCUGAGAAGUGGCCCCAGGCCAUGGUGCUAUAGGCAGAGGGAAUGGGCAGAGUCCAGGGACCUGGCCUUGUGCUGGAUGCGGGCGCUGGGGCUGAUGCUGGGGCUCAGGGACGCUGGGAGUGGGGCCCUGGGCUGGAGACUUGGCACCUCUGCCCCUCUUUGCGCUGCAGAGAAUCUCUUUUGUGUCAGUCAUUUCUCUUUGCAGAGACGUUUUUUAAGCAGAUCUUUAGUUCUUUACACACUAACGGAGUCGCCGCGUUUUGUCCUUUGUAAAGAUUUUAAAACCAAGUGUUCUUGAUAUAAAAUAAAAAGCCAGUUAGAAGCCAGCGUGUGCGCACGGUGCCGGCCCCCCAUGGAGCCCGCCUGCCGUAGUUGGGCACCAGGCAGGGCAGUGCCUCCCGCACUGUGGGGCUGCGCUCUUUUGUAUUUUUUGAUAUUCUCCCUCCUCUGUCACCCGUGCCCACAUAUAUCAGCCAAAAAGCCUAUCCAACGGCCUGCCUGCGAGCACCCCUGCCCCGGUCCCUCACUGCCACCACUGGCCAGUGCCACCCACCACCCCGUGUGGGCAUCACCUGCUCUGAGCACUGUCUGUUCACUCCCAUGAACCCGGGACAGCCCCUCAUGCUCCCCACCCUGCCCUGCUCCCCCAGGAGCAUCCCACAUCCCUUCACCACUGCCCCAGGCUGAGCCGUGCCCUCCCUGCCCAUGCUUGCUGCCCAAAAGCAGAGCCAGUGGUUUGCAGCCUGUGGCAGGAGUGGGGUGACAGAAGCAGGGUGAGCUGCUCACCAGCAUCAACUCUGCCUCCCAGGUUGCUUCCACUGGGGCCUUUACUCCAUCGUGGGCUGACCCCAGCUCCGGCAUCCAGGAUGUGCAGCUGGAACAGAUGCCUGGACAGGGACUCUGGGGGGUAACGUGGGGCUGGGAGCAUCUGCUGUGGCCACUGAGCCACACGUGGCUCUAGGCAAGUGGCUUUGUGUGGUCGGGCAUGAAGAAGGAGCUGCAGGGGAUCCCACGUGGGGUACCCCAGGCUCAGCCCCCCAAGGUGAGCAGUAGCACCUGGGGCCUGGGGAGGCAGGAGAAAGGGACAGGUCCUUGUGGGGACACCAUAUCUUGUCCCUGUGCAAGACGGUCCGGCUGGCAGACGCUGCCCGUGCUGGCGGCCGUGACGCACCGGUGCCGGCUGGCCCUGCUGCCUGGGGCCAGCGCAUCGAUGGCCCUGCUGGCCCUACUGCCCCGGGGCCAGCACAACAGCGGCCCUGCGCCCCGCCCCGCGCAGGGCUGAGGGUGAGGAUGCUCGUUGGAGAAUGUAUUUAUACCCUGUCACCCGUGCAGAGUAACAAGUUCCAAAUAAAACAGAAGUGAUAUUUUUAA